UGUGCCUCGGCACCGAGUCUCUCUGCCAACAAACACGUCCAUGAGAACCACCGCAGAUCUCCAUGGAUGAUCCGACUGAUCCGGACCUUUGAGUUAUAGUUUCUCAGAGACAUAGCUGAUAAUCGAGCAACAAUGUCUGUCUCAACGGUAUUGGCAAAGGCGCUGUUUGACAACACAGCAGAAAGCCAAGAGGAGCUGGCUUUCCGAAAGGGAGACAUCCUGAUGGUUCUUGAACAGGAGAAGAGUGGCGGGCCGGGCUGGUGGCUCUGCUCCCUGCAUGGCAGACAGGGCAUAGCCCCAGCCAACCGCCUUCGACUUCUCCAAACUGCCCCUCCCCCAAGCCCAGACCCCCGUCGUGGUCCAAACGAAGACUCUGUCUACCUGUCGCCUGGUCCCCCGCUGACCCGGACUGCUGUCAGCAAUAGUACAGACGACAUAGAUGGAGUAUAUCGCUCCCCACCAGUUGCAGGUGAGGCACGAGGAGGGGGAGCUGCCUCAAGGCCUGGGGAGCUGCGUCGAGUUGAGGGUGGGCGCCCACGCUCACACUCUAGUUCUGGCACCCGGCCCAGACCAGACUGGGACAUUGGGGUGACGGGGCGCCCACGCUCACCCUCUCUGAGGGGACGAGGCACAGAAAUGACAGGAACACUUUAUCAGAGUCCAGCAAGUCCCAUGCCUUCAGCAGCUCAGCAUGCCAGGCAGCCAGGAGUUCUCAUGGCUUCAGAGUCUGUGUACCUUGCUCCCAGUGGAAUGCCAAGGGCUUCUGACGAACCAGAGGACACUACAUAUCUUGUCCCAAGAGAAACAGGACAAACGGACGACUGUUACUUGGUGCCCAAGGGUACACCACUUGCAAGUGACGAUGUUUACCAAUCCCCAACCGGAGGAGCUGCGGCUGGUGCUUUCUGUUCUAAUGGCCCCUCUAUAAUCAGUGGAACCCCUGGUACACCCCAGUCCAAAGUGGGCCAGGACACACCUGGGAUGUACCAAACACCCACCCCUGUGGGAGCAAGCCUUCACAGGACAUCAGCUACAGUUCUGGCCCACCACCACCCAUCUCAGUUAUCAGCUGCCCAAGCAUCUCCACGACCCUUGAUCAAGGGUGUUUCACCCAACCCUGUUGUUUCCAGGGGCAAACCUGGCAUGGCCAGUCACCGGGGGUCUCCUUUGCUGAUGAGAGGAGGACAAGUCAGGGGUCCUGGGUCACCAAAUUUUGCCCGCAAGCCUCCUCCACCAGCACCUCCAGUGAGGGGAGUCACCAGGAAAGAUGCACAACAAACAGCACCAUCAUCAACAGACACUAACUGUGGCCCUAAAACCACUGCUCAGGCAAACUUUGCAAACCUGAACCCUGAAGGGGACAAACAGAGGGGAAUGCCUCAGAGUAAGGAAGAAAGAACAAGUAAUGGUCUAGAGAAAAGCAACAAUAUGCAGAACAAAAAGGGAGAAAAUCAGGAUUACUCAGAUCCUGUGGAUGACCAGGUGUAUGAUACCCCUCCCAGUGGCAGGUGGCAGCAUCCAGUCCCAUGUGCUCUUGGACAUGAUGAUGGAAUCUACGACACCCCUCGCAGUGUCCCACCACAAGCUGACUCUGAGGCAGAGGUCUAUGAUGUCCCCACAAUCAGUCUGAAUAUGUCCACAUCAGAUGUCCAGCCUGAUGAAGCCGAUGAUGAAGUCUACAGUGUCCCAACACUUCCAGGUAUACCUCUGGGACCAGGAGAUUCCACAUGCAACCUCUCUAUUGAGGAGGUUGCUCAGGUCGGCUGUGUCCCUGGACCUGGGAAACGAGCCAGCAGUGGAGAUCACAAUCGAGACUCCUCUGAACCCGACUGUGGCAUCUAUGACAUGCCUGCUCUGACCAUCGAAAUCCUCCCUCAUUCCUCAUCGUCCUCCUCCACCUCUACUCGCCGCCUCUCUGUUUCUAGUAAUGGUUCCGGUGACAUGCAGUGGAGAGCCUCGCUUUCCAGCCUGGUCCACUCAGUGCUGAGCACAGCCUCCUGCUCGGCCUCUACUCUAUCGUCACGGGACCUGGCUACCUCAUUGGCUGAAAUCCUGUCCACCUGGAAAGCCAGUCAUUCAGGUGAUCCUCCGCCGCCUCUUCAGCAGGCCUGGGCUCGUCUAUCAGACCUGCUUCCGGCCUUAUCCGCCAUUGGCAAUGCUCCUCCAUCUGAAGGGCUGUUGUCGUUGGUGCAGCGCUCUCUUGAGGAAAGUGCCCUCCUCUUACAGGCUCAGGGCCGGCCCCGUCUGCCUUCCCAGGAUUCCCUGUCACGCAGGCCACUGCCUGCACUCCCAGUGCCUGAUGGGAUGUCAUCUGGAGGUGGAAUGGGCUCCCGUAAGGGUAGCUGGAUCCAGGAAAGGCCUUUGCCCCCAACCCCUCAGCCUGCCUUCCCCUUGCCUCCCACUCCAUCCACUGUGACUCUCACAGUGGGCCCUGUGGAUGGAGAAGACGACCCCAGCAAUGAGUAUGCUGGGAUCGGUUUGACUCCAAUCCCAGCCCCAGUACCUACUGGCGACAGUGUUGGAUAUGUGAAACUGCAGGGCAAACCUGAGCCACCUCAUGAUGCCCUGGCUGAGAAUGGACAGAUACAAACGAUCACUACAGAGUCAAGGUUGACCCCAUCCCCUCCUUUGCCGGGUUCCCUCUCCUUGGAGGACUCGGAGCUGCUGUCCUUCUACUCCUCUCAGAGCCUCGCCCACCUCUCCUGCCUGGGGGACGCCAUCGACGUGUUCUACAGCAGCGUGCAGGGCAACCAGCCGCCUCGCAUCUUCGUCGCCAGAGGAAAGAGCCUCAUUGUGACGGCACACAAACUGGUGUUCAUUGGGGACACGCUCUCCCGUCUUCUCACGUCUGCAGACCUCCGGGCCAAAAUCACCACCUCGGGGGGGCGACUCUGCCAGGCCUUAAAGGCAGUUGUCGUGGCAACAAAGGGCGCUGCACAAAACUACCCGUCAGUAUCUGCCGCCCAGGAGAUGGUGGACCGUGUCAAUGAGCUCUCCCACCAAGCAGCCGGCUUCUCCACUCUGCUCCAGCGUCUAGCAGAAAUAUCAUCGUGAUGUUUCGUAUCACUCGCGUAAAAAACUUUGUCUACACUACACAUAUAUUUCCUCUCUUUGAAAUGCCUUAUUUGUUCUUACACUAUUUUGUUAUCCUACGUCUGAAUGGGAUUGAAGCAAGCAACGCUGAAUCCUGCAACACGUGUUUAGCCUCGCUGCAGCUGUUCCUCAGCUGGGUUUUCAGUGUUGGUUCUGUCCUCCAAGUGUGUUGGUUUGCCUUUGUUUAUAUACUGACUUCAGUGCUUUGAUGCUAGGCACACUUGUUUUUUAAGUGUUAACUUAUUGAAUAUUUGAAGCCCCUCUGUGGUUUGAGCGUCCAUCUGGACUGCUUAUUUUGGGAGCUUUGCUUUAUAACGCUUGCCAUAUUUUCUUGUCCCCUCACUUGAUAGCUGGUUUUCCUUCCUUCCUCUAUUUAUUCAGCCAUCCCCCAAGUCCAAAAAUAGCGCAGAAGGGAGGCCUUACAUCCUGGUCUGGGUCUGCUUUUUACUGUGAUACCUAAAAGGCCUUUUGUGAUCAUCAUUCUGAAGCUGAUGAAGCAGCAUGUUUAGUGUUCUGGGCUUUACAUGGGAGAAAUGGAAUAGCGUGUGGAGUAUUGUUGGAAGUUUCACCAACUUCCAGUCUUGAUCUGUGCAAAUCUGUGUUGUGUUUGUGUUGUGCCCAUUUUCACUAGAAAGCAAAGAUUACUUGCAGUAUAGCCUGUAAUCCUACUCAGAGUUUUACAAGAAACAUCUCAACAUAUUUCUCAGUUUACAUUUAUGCAGUCUGGUGCAUCUCAUGAAGGAAAAUGGAAGUCCUUUCUUUGAGAAAGGGAGAAUCAAUGAAGAGAUCAAGAAUGAAUAAUGAUUGCUGGGUGAGAAGUGACCUAAUCUUGUUCUUUCCCACAGUCAUGUGUUAGCCUGGCAAUGGAUGAGAAACCUGUUGACCGAGUUCACCUGUCUCCACAUGUCUUGUUAUGAUCUGCAUGAGUGUUUUACUUUGUCUUCAUUUCCCAUAAGAUGCUUGUUAACAGUGCUUACUCGCCUUGCUGUGAACAUCAGUUAUUGUUUUCAUCAUAACUUCACACUCACCAUAUCAAGAUAUCUAUCUAUAUAUACCGAUAUUUGAAAGUUAUUCAAACUGCUAUCAUGAUAAUGAUCUUAUCUAAAUCUUAUCCUAGUAAAAACUGUGAAAUGAAGCACAGUCCACUUUUUAACUGAAAUGAAACCAUUUUGCGUUUUAAACCCCAUAAAAGCACACAACUGUUUUCCAUCUCGGACUAUUACACAUGCAAUACUGUCUGACCUCUGCCCAUUUUCACUUACAUUAGCCACCACGGGUAAUAUGUGCAACAGCAGCUCAUAAACAUGUUCCAUACAAAGCAACAAUGGAACAUAGACUGGACUUAGAGUUGAACAAACAUUAUGUUUAUCAGAUUUACACUACACAUUUUAAUUGUGUAAAGACACUAUCAGCUUCAUCCUGGGGGGUAAAGCUGGAAUAUAACACUUAAGUUUUGGAUCUAUCGUUUGUAUUGUCAAUCAUAUAACUUAACCAUGUUUUAUUUUUCAGAUUCAAAUUAAUACUACCUGUUCUCUUAGGAAUACUGUUACUUCCUGCUUUUACAUUUUCUUUGCUGCAGCGCCACCAUGUGGGGGUUUGAAGUGUUACUCAAUGAAUACCUGCCUGUCAAAACUGACUCAAUGUAUGUAAGAGUGCAUGAUCGGCAAAUAACCUUUAGCUACAUAUUUAUUAUUGUCAUCUUUUCUGUCGUUUGCUUUCCCAUUUGCAUGGCUUUAAUUUGCUUAAACUUUCUAUCUGCACAUCCUUCACCGGGGUGAUUUUACUUUGCAAUGAAAAGGUGUUUUUUAAAAACUAUUUUAAUUUACAGUUAAAAUAUAUGGCUGUAUUUUCUUUUGUACAGGGGAGGUUUUUUAUACUAUGUGAACUCAUUAGAGUCUGUUAUGCAUAUUUGCUGACCUAUAGAAAUGAAUCUUGGACUUUUCUCCUACAGAGACCUAACAUCCCUUACGUUGAACACUACAUUUGAUGUCUGUCUUGUAUUCCCGUUCAGAAUGCACAAAUACAUCUUUUGCAAAUAAGUGUUGUUUGUAUUAAUCAUUGCAACGUGUUGUAUGUGCAGGAUACUUCUCCGGAGACUUAGUUUUCUGUAGUUUAGUGAAUUUCUGAAUAAAUCCGUAUUUUUAUUUAUUCA